ACAGUGAGGCAGAGUAUCUAUCUCCUCGAGAUACCAUGGAAAAGUAUCAGAUUUUGCAAGUGCUCAGUCCUGGGGCCUUAGGAGUGAACCUGGUGGUGAAGGAAACGGAAACUGACACCAAGUACGUGAUAAAAGAGGUGGAGUGCAUCGAUGAGCAUCAUGCCAAUGAGGCCCUGGAGGAGCUUAUGCCCCUGCUGAAGCUCCAGCACCCCAACAUCUCUCUGUACCAUGAGAUGUUCAUCAUGUGGAACAACGAGAUCUCUUCUCUGUUUCUCUGCCUGGUAAUGGACUAUACCAUCCAAGGAACCUUCCAGAAUAUCAUGGAGAGUAAGAGGAAGAUAAAAGAGAGUAUUGAUCCCGAGUGGAUGCAUACCAUGCUGAGCCAGGUGUUGGAUGCCAUCGAGUACCUACACCAUCUGAACAUCAUUCACAGGAAUCUGAAGCCUUCCAACAUCGCUCUUAUCAAUGACAACUACUGUAAAGUUCAGGACUUGAGUUCCCAGGCACUGAUGACCCAUGAAGCCAAGUGGAAUGUCCGAGCAGAAGAAGACCCCUGCCAGAAGUCCUGGAUGGCUCCUGAAACUCUCAAAUUCUCUUUUACCUGCAAAUCUGACAUCUGGUCCCUGGGCUGCAUCAUCCUAGACAUGGCCACUUGCUCCUUCCUGAACGACACAGAAGCCAUGCACCUCCGGAAGGCCAUCCGCCAUCACCCAGGCAGUCUGAAGCCCAUCCUGAAGACCAUGGAGGAGAAGCAAGUCCCCGGUGCAGAAAUCUUUUGUUUGCUUCUGCCCUUCAUGCUGCAUAUGAACCCCUCAGAUCGACUAGCCAUCAAGGACGUGAUCCAAUUCACCUUCAUGAGCACUUCCUUCAGAAACUCCUGCGUUGCUCUGAACAUGCACCGGCAGGCGGUUCCCAUUUUCAUCACUGAUGUGCUACUAGAAGGAAACCUGGCCAACGUUCUAGAUGUCAUGCAGAACUUCUCCACCCGACCAGAGGUCCAGCUCAGGGUCCUUAACAAGCUUCUGACAAUGACAGAGAAAGAGCUAGGCCUGCCAUGGCCCACUGAGCUGUUGGAGGAGGUGAUCAGCAUCAUGAGGCAGCACGAGAGGAUCCUGGACAUUGUGCUUAGUACCUGCUCCCUGCUGCUGCGUGUUCUGGGUCAAGCACUGGCACAAGACUCAGAAGCUGAGAUCCCAAGGGGCAGGUCUAUCAUUUCCUUCCUGAUGAACUCCUUAAGGAGGCACCCUGACUCUGAGAAGCUCAUCAUCAUGGCCUAUAACCUGUUCACCAUCAUCUCCAGCCAAGGGUUGCUCUCUGAAGAGCUGGAGGAGGAGGGGUUGUUUCAGCUUGCCCAAGACCACCUAGACCGCUUCCAGGAGGACAGGGAUGUCUGCCUUGCUGUCCUGAGCCUGCUCUGGUCCCUCCUGAUAGAUGCUACCAAUGUAGACAAAGAGCCCUUGAAGAAGCUCUCAGUCAUGGUCACCUGGGUGCUAGCCAUGUAUCCCGAAGACAUAGAAAUAGCUGAGGCUGGCUGUGCUGUGCUCUGGCUGCUGUCCUUGUUGGGCUGCAUAAAGGAGACUCAGUUUGAGCAGGUGGUAGAGCUGUUCCUGAGAAGCCUUCAGCUGUACCAUGGCAGAGUAUUGCUGGUGAACAAUGUUUGUCGUGGCCUGGCCAGCCUCGCAAAGGUGUCCGAACUGGUGGCCUUCCGAGUGGCAGUACUGGAAGAGGGUAGCAGUGGCCUCUACCUCCUCCAAGAUAUCUACCAGUUCUACAAGGAUGACCCUGAGGUGGUUGAGAAUCUCUGCAUGCUGUUGGCCCACCUGGCUUCCUACAAGGAGAUCCUGCCAGAGCUGGAGUCUGCAGGCAUCAAGGACCUAGUCCAUGUGAUCCGGGGGCGCUUUACUUCUAGCCUGGAGCUGAUUUCCUAUGCUGACACGGUACUUCAGGCACUUGAGGCAGCUGCACACUCCACGCCCCAGGAGAAGCAGCUUGAACCUGCUUCAGAGCCGAAAGCCCCCAAGGUUUCCUCCCAACAUUAGGAAGAUCCUAUAUUCCAGUCCUGAGAUGCUGCACUUCUGGUCCUGGAAAGUAUGACCAGGACCAGUAUUGUAUUUUGCGUUCCACAGUGACUAAUAAAAAAGCCCUAAGUUGUU